AUGUCUUGUCCGUCGUCGGCGAUGGCGGAGGAAUACGCCGGCGGACAAGUAGCCGCGGAGCGGCGAGGCCGGCAGAAACCGAUAUUCACCGUCCCGGUCAUUCGCGUCAUUCUGAUCGUGCUCGCGCCGUCCGCACUCUUCUUGUUAACGUCGGACGUGGCGUUCCCGCGCAUUCGCAUCGAGUAUGCCGGCGGCGGCAGCAACAGCGACCUUGACGUUCCGGCCAGUGCGCCCGCGAACCUAGCGCCACCAUCGACGCCAGAGGCCGCCGUGGUUGGUCACGUCGAGGAGCAGCGGCGGGAGGAGCCGAAAUCGCUCCCGCCGGCGCCGGUGCGCCAUCUGGGUCCGGCCGUGCCGUACUACGACGCCCUAAGAGCGGCGUGGCUCGCCGCGCACCCGCGGUUCCCGGCGUACGUGGCGCCCGAUCGGCCGCGCGUGCUGGUGGUCACCGGUUCGUCGGCGCACCGGUGCAGCGACCCGGAGGGCGACCACAUGCUCCUCCGCGCGUUCAAGAACAAGGCGGACUACUGCCGUAUCCACGGCUUCGACAUCUUCUACAGCAACGCGGUGCUGGACGCGGAGAUGUCAGGGGUCUGGACGAAGCUGCCGCUGCUGCGUGCGCUGAUGGUAGCGCACCCGGAGACGGAGCUCUUCUGGUGGGUGGACUCCGACGUGGUGUUCACGGACAUGCUGUUCGAGCCGCCGUGGGGCAAGUAUGCGGGCAUCAACAUCCUGAUUCCCGGCUGGGAAUCGAAGGUGUACGAGGAGAAGAACUGGAUAGGCCUCAACACCGGCAGCUUCGUGAUCCGGAACUGCCAGUGGUCGCUCGACCUCCUCGACGCCUGGGCGAAGAUGGGGCGGAGCGCCCCGGUGCGCGAGAAGUACGGGAAGAUCUUCGCGAAGGCGCUGUCGAACCGGGCGGCGUACGAGGCCGACGAGCAGUCGGCGCUCGUGUAUCUGCUCGUGACGCAGAGAAAGAAGUGGGCGGACAGCGUGUUCCUGGAGAGCUCCUACGUGCUGCACGGGUACUGGAAGGCGAUCGUGGACAGGUACGAGGAGAUGCAGAGCAAGUGGCAGCCGGGGCUCGGCGACGACCGGUGGCCGCUCGUCACGCACUUCGUCGGGUGCAAGCCGUGCGGGGACCCGAACGGCGCGAGCUAUGAGGCCGCGCUGUGCCGGCGAGGCAUGGAGCGCGCCUUCAACUUCGCCGACGACCAGAUACUCAAGCUCUACGGGUUCCAGCACGAGACACUCAACAGCACGGCUGUGUACCGCGUCAGGAACGACACCGGACGGCCGAUGGACACGGACGACGAGGAGAUCGGCCGGCUCCUGCACCCAACCUUCAGGGCCGCCAACGCCGAGCCGUUGUGA